AUGAGACACAUUCGAUAUGCCAUCAAUAUUGUGGAAAAGCACCCUGUUGAGAUACUCUCCAGCGGCAAAUCUUUCAGAAUAUGGAUCGCAUCUCCUUACAACGGAAAGGAUGCUCAUAUUGUUCUUCGACACAAGAUCUCGCUCAUUCAAGAAUUCAACGGCCCUGUCUUUACCACUUCAAUUGUCAUGGAUUCUCGGAUCCCACAGUUCUUCUUUUAUCAUGGGGUUUUAACGGAUAAUGGUGUUCGUUUCAGGGCAUUGUCUGCAAAAAACCAAGACCUAUACCUGACAGUCGCUAGCAAGCUGGGUGGCAUCGCAAUCAGGCAGGACUUCUAUGAGACCAUCCAUCGUCCUGCCAUUUAUGGGCAGUUCACCCGGGAACAUAGGGAAAUCGUCAACCGGUUAGAAGCCGACGCUGAUUCCCAGCUCAAGAAGGCAUUCCCUCACAUUGUCCGGUUCAAACAGCCAUCGUUCAUACUAUGCGUGGUUGUGGACCUCCCGCCUGGACAGGGCAGCGGCCCCUGUCUGGCAGUGAGCGGGCAUGCUGCCCAACAACAGGAAUCACCUUUUGACCGUCCUUCUCCUCUGCCUGCUGUUCGGCACCCACCACCCUUCGAUCAAGCUACUUCCACUACCGCAGACGCUUCUCUCAGUCAGGAGUUGUUCCCACUGAUGUUGGGGGUGAUUGGAGUCCGAGGAUCCUGGUGA